AUGAGCUGAGCCAAAAACCUCUUGACACAAACCCUAGCAGCUCAUUUACAUUUCCUGCCGAUUUCACUGCAUUAAGCUUCUCAGAAACACAAUUAAGGGAAAAGAGAAAUUAUGGGAGCAUCUUCUUCCGGCUUGUUGGAUGAGGCUAAAAUCAGCCACAUCAAAGGACUUGUUAACAACACCUUCCAGAAAUUCAGUGAGUUUUACCGUCAGCAGUAUUCUGCAGCCUAUCUUGGCCACUUACACCAGGAGCUGGAGCCUAAGAAAGAGGGAAGGGGCCUGUUGCUCACACACAGGCCUAAGUAUGCUCCAGAGGACGUGCUGUACCAAGGAAGUAUUAAGUCUUCUGGCUGGGAUGAGCAGGGAAAGAAAUGCAAAGAGAGAUUCAUCGUUCUGAGAAGAAACUACAAAGUGGAGAUACAUGAAAACAUGGAGACUUUCAAUCGUGGUGUUGCAGCUAAGUUGGUCCUCCAGCCAGCAGGUGGCAAUGUGCUGACCACAGAAGAGGAAUCCAGAGCUCUGCUGGAGAGAACCUGUGCUGGAAUACUCAUCGGAGUGAAGGAGGAUUCUUCUUCGGCGGUGUCAUCCUCAAAUAUGUUCGCUGUGUAUUUGCACCUGCCUUACACGGGUCACACCUGCUUCCUGUUCCAACAGGAAGAGGAAAGAGAUCCCUUUCUGUCUGCCCUCAAGACCUGCAUUAGACACUGCAACCUCGACCCCUGGUGUGAUUCCUCCUAUGAGAGCCAGGCGUACAUCCGAGCCCUCCAACUCUACCGCCAGGACCUAGGAUGCUAUCAAUCCUGGGAAAUACUGCUGGGCACUGAAGAACAAGUGCUGGCCUCUCAGGUGAUGGUGGAAGUGUUGCCGUGGUUACAGAGCCAGCUUCAGUCCAGGGUGAAGGGCAAGAAGGCAGAGAGGAUGCGACAGUGGUUGGCGACGGUGCAGGCAACCUACAUGUUGGUGCUGGAGCAGCUGACUGCAAGUCUGGAGACACUGAAGGGGGAGUGUCGUCAGACGGCAUCAACCAAGCAGGCUCUCAUCAGAUCAGAUCUGGACCAGAUAAUGACCUCCCACAGCUUCCUGGAGAAGAAAGUGCGAGACUGUAUAUGUAAAGAAGCAGAGAAGGUGUGCAACGACUCCGUAGCGCCCUACAUGUCCUCCAUCCUCGAGGCGCUGACAGAAAACAUAAGUGUAGGAAUUCAGGAGAUGCAACACACACUGCGAACACAGAUGGACACCGCCUUCACAAACACAAAUGAACGGACGGAGGAGACCAAGAAGGCUCUGUCCACUCUGCGCUCCAUCAGUCUGGAUCCCUGCUACCGGCAGGUGGCGAAUCUGACUGUGAAGCUUCAGGACUUAAAGCAGAGGUUUGGAUUGAACAGCGCCCAGCGUCUGGUUCACUCUGCACAUCUGGAGAUGGAGCAGCUGUUGGACAGUGCUGUCUACACCUUAGAGCUGUUCCUGCAGUCAUCAACCAGGCUGCAGCCCUCUCAGGUUCCUGUCAAGAUGGACCGAGCUAAAGGACGAGUCCUGAAGCAGCUGGACUACGACAGCAGAGUCGUCCAGCGGAGGAUCUAUGAGGAAGCUCUACUGGAAAUCACUCAUCCUGCUCUCACCAGGGGGAUGCACAGCAAGUGGAAGAGUGAGUUCGAGCAGUUCGAGCAGUACAUCUUCUCAGACUACUGCAGUUUUAUCCUGGUUCAUAAUGUCUAUGAUGAUGUUCUGAGAAACAUCCUCAGCAAGGAGAUAGAGACAGUGGUCCAGGACGCUGCCAGUAAGAAGACCAACAACCUCCUACUGGACACUACGGAUCUGGCCAUUAGUCAGUACAGUCUGCUCGGACACACGCCUCCUCUCUCUGCUCCAGGAAGCCCAGCCUUUCAAGCUCGAGACUCCUCCUCAGGGGUGCCAAGUGGAGAUAAAGAAUCUGCUCCCCUGGCAGAGGAAGGAAAUAAAGAAUCUGCUCCCCUGGUGGAGGAGGGAGAAAAAGAAUCUGCUCCCUUGGUGGAGAAGGGAGGUAAAGAAUCUGCUCCUGUUGUAGAUGAAGUAGGUAAAGAGUCUGCUCCCUUGGUGGAGGAGGGAGUUAAAGAAUCUGCUCCUGUUGUAGAUGAAGGAGGUAAAGAGUCUGCUCCCUUGGCAGAGGAAGGAAAUAAAGAAUCUGCUCCCCUGGUGGAGAAGGGAGGUAAAGAAUCUGCUCCUGUUGUAGAUGAAGUAGGUAAAGAGUCUGCUCCCUUGGUGGAGGAGGGAGGUAAAGAAUCUGCUCCUGUUGUAGAUGAAGGAUGUAAAGAAUCUGCUCCUGUUGUAGAUGAAGGAGGUAAAGAAUCUGCUCCCUUGGUGGAGAAGGGAGGUAAAGAAUCUGCUCCCUUGGUGGAGGAGGGAGGUAAAGAAUCUGCUCCCUUGGUGGAGAAGGGAGGUAAAGAAUCUGCUCCUGUUGUAGAUGAAGGAGGUAAAGAAUCUGCUCCCUUGGUGGAGGAGGGAAGUGAAUCUACUCCUGUUGUAGAUGAGGAAUCUGCUCCCCAACCAAAGGAUGGAGGUACAGAAUCUGCUCCUGUUGUGGAGGCAGCAGGUCAGUCAGUCACAGCUGCAGUUGGCCCUCAGAGUGACCCUGAACUAAAAACGGAUAUCAGUACUCUUCUCAUCUCUGACCAGAGCAGAGUGCUUCUAUCUCCUGUCAUAAUUGUAACACAACAGUUUGAUGAACCUCAGGAGGAGGCUUCUUGCUUUGAGGUAACCAAUAAAGAAGUCCAGCUCACAGCUGACACUCCACCAGCAGCUGAAUCUUCCGACUCGGCCCUACCCGACUCUGAUGCGGCUGUUAUACCUGAAUCCCCAACUGUCCCAGAAUCCAGUACUCCCAUCCCAGUUUAUUCAGACCCCCCAGCAUCCCCUCUGUCCCCACCGCAACUCACAGAAGUCCCAGCUGUCCCAGUUGAAGGUGCUCAAAGUGAGCAAUCCGAUACACCUGAAAAUCCUGCAGUACCUGACCUCACAGCCUCAAAUCAAACAACAGAAGAUGCUUCUUCCCCGCAGCCAUCCAUCCCCUCACUCCCACAAGACCCUUACACAGAUAGUCCGAUGAAGAUUAGCCUCGGCUCACUAAGCCAGGCAGUCGGUCGCAGCUCCACGGCAACUCCUGUCCCACAGACGGCGGUACGGCAAAACACAGACAGAGCUGUGUACCUGACGGGAGUAAUUAAGGACAUUUGGGAGAUGGAAAGGGUAAAAGGGGACAAACAGAAAGAGGCAUCAGAGGAGGAAGACAACCUAACCGAAGAUCAGAAAGAGGAGUCAGAGACAAGAGAAGAAAAAGAGGAACAGGUGGAGAAGAAAAGAGAUGAAGGGCAAACAGGUGGAGAACGUGUCGACGAUUGCUGCAGGUCCUCAGAAUCACCAGCAGAGAGCGCCACCGCCUUCACUCAGACCCCAGAGCAGAGCGAGAGUGAAGAGAAGGUAGAUGAGAAGAGCAGUAGUGAAGCAGGGACUGAGAAGAAAGAAGAGGAGGAGAAGGUAGAUAGGGAGAAGAGCAGUAGUGAAGCAGGGACUGAGAGGAAAGAAGAGGAGAAGGUAGAUGAGGAGAAGAGCAGUAGUGAAGCAGGGACUGAGAAGAAAGAAGAGGAGGAGAAGGUAGAUGAGGAGAAGAGCAGUAAAGAAGCAGGGACUGAGAAGAAAGAAGAGGAGGAGAAGGUAGAUGAGGAGAAGAGCAGUAGUGAAGCAGGGACUGAGAGAAAAGAAGAGGAGGAGAAGGUAGUUGAAGAGAAGAGCAGUAAAGAAGCGGUGGCUGAGAAGAAAGAAAAGGAGGAGGAGGAAGAGCAGAGAUAUGAAAAACCAGAAGAAGACGUUCUUGAAAGUUCUAAGCCAAUGGAAUUGGAGGAAGAAAGCGAUCCUGAGCUACCAUUGGGCAGCGUGUCCAUCAUCAGAGACCUUGUGACUGAGAUCACUGAGGUGGAGACAGUAAUCCACCCCUGUCCCACCAGCAGCUGACAGACUCGUUACCACGACAACUGUAGAUCCUGAGAUCUACUUGACUACUUAGUUCCCAGUUUGUGAUGAAAUGGUACAGAGAACAGCGUGAAACAUCAAAUCUUUUUUAUAUUACUGCAUCAUAUUUUAUACUACUGCAUUUUGAAAGAGGCAUUUUUUAAAAUAUAUUCUGUAAUAUUUGUUCUUGAUAACAUUUUUUAUGGACUCCUGCUUUUUUUUGUUAACACUGAAAUGGCUUAAAUGACCCAACAAGUGUAUUAUUAAAAAUGGUCAAACUUCUUAAAGCUGCAUUGAUUUUUGACUUUUUGGGUGACUUGCAAGUAGUGGAAAAAGCUGUAAUAAUAUUGAUAUGAUGAGCAUGUUAGAGGAAAUAUCUGGCUAUAUAGCUGUUGAAUUACCCACUAUGUUCACUAGCUAGCCAAUAACUGUGUAUAAACAAAUAUAUAAUGUAUAAAAGAUGAGAUGCAAACAUUUUCUGUAGA